AUGUCCUCAAAGAGUUGGGGACUUCGAAGUUUGGCGUUAAUAAUCGAAGCGGCAGCUCAGAAAUUCUUUUACAAAAUUGGACUAUUCGUGGCUGAUUUUCCAAUAUGGUGUUUGGCCAUCAGGUAUGGAGAAUAAUAUUUUAUUUUAUUUGCCAUGUUGCACGGUACAAAAGUAUAAUAGAAUAUCACCUUGAAGAAAAAUUUUUGUUACCUAAAAAUGUUUUAUUUUGUUCAAAUUUUUAUACAAAAAAUUGAUAUUUUGCACAUAUGUAUGGUUAGUUCAUAAUGUUGCAAUUUAGUACAAUUGGAGCCCUUUUGCUUGGCGUUGGUGUGAUCAACUUCAAGGAAGUAAACGAUGUCAGAGAUCACUUCAGUGCCGACAACUCCCCAAGUCGAUAUGAGUUUAAAGUUGCGCUCGAGUUCUUCCAGGAGCUGGGCUCACCGUUCCAUGUUAUUGUAGCCAUGCUAGCCACUGAUGGAGGCUCUAUUUUGAGGCCGAAGUAAGUUUACUUAUAGUUUUGUAAAAUACGGGAUUUACUGAAUAUCACGCAAUAUAUUUUAAUUAAUAUGUAAAAUCGCCAUAGAUUAAACAUAUUGACAAUAUAGUACAUUAAAACACUUUCAGUUAUAUCGACCGAGCUUUGGAAAUCGAAGAAUAUCUACAGUACAAGCUCCGUGUAGAACACGAAGACAGGUACUAUACCUACUCUGACUUUUGUGGAGCUCAAUGUGAAACCAGUGACGCUGUGAGUAUCUUCCUGAACAUGUACCGUGACGUCCAACAUCGUGGUAAAGCCAAUGUCAAACUUACCUUCCCCACAAUGGAUGUGUUUGGUCACAGGGUGUACCUGGCCAACAAUAUCUUCAAAGUUCAACUCAACAACAGAUCUCACCUGAUUGAAGGAGCUGGGCUGAUCACCAUUAACUUCCACGCCAUCUGGGGCAAUGAUACGAUCCACGAAGUGAUGUCAAAGUGGGAACACGCUGUUCUUGAUUACUGUCUGAAGACCCACAAUGAUUCCUUGAUUCAGCUACACACGACUUCAGAAGGCUUGAUGUCAGAAGAGGUUAGGCGAACUGGAAUCAAAGCACUUCCAUUGAUGAGUGUUACCUUCAUCGUCAUCUUGGCUUUUACUGUAUUAACAUCGCUGAAACAAGAUCCAGUUAGGAGUAAACCUUGGGAAGCGUUUGCCGGAGUCAUAUGUCCAAUUUUGUCACUGUGUGCUUCAUUUGGACUUCUGUUUUGGGUAAGAUAUUACACUAAAAGUUAUAUUAUACUGUUUAUAUAUAGUUAGUAGUUAGCGACCCGAAUGAUACAUAAUAACAUAAAAAUUAAACUUGGAAUAUAAAUAGUGUUAUAUUGUCUCAUAAUUAUAUACCGACUUUUAGCUUGGAGUAGAAUUCCUCCCCAUCGUAACAGUCGUACCAUUCCUGAUCCUAGCCAUUGGUGUAGAUGAUGUCUUCAUCUUCCUUCACUCCUGGCAUCGUACAGACCACGAGCUACCGUUACGAGAACGUGUAGCCCACAUGUUGGCUGAUGCUGGACCCUCAAUCUCCAUCACUUCAUUGACCAAUUUGCUCAGUUUUGGCAUCGGAAUCUGGACUCCAACUCCAGCCAUCCGGGUCUUCUGUCUCUUCACUACGGUAGCCGUCAUCUUCGACUACAUUUACCAAAUUGUCUUCUACUCUGCCAUCAUCAUGUUAGGUGGAAUCAGAGAAGAGAAGAAGAUUAAUGCCUACUGCUACUGUCUGGUUGUGCCUGACGAGAAACGUGUAGCUCGUGAAGCGUCGUUAGAAGAGAAACCACAUUGGAGAAGAUACGUUGAGGCCUUUGGGGCCAAGUUCGUCGAUUAUUGGGUCGAUUUCUCGAUGAGUUGGAGUGCCAGAAUUGGGUUGAUAACCGUUCUGAUAACCUAUUGGGCUAUCUCGAUCUAUGGAGUCAGUCAGAUUGAAGUUGGAUUGUCGUCAGAGAAGUUAUUCUUGGAUGAUUCACCAUUGUUGGAGUUGGUCAGGCUACAGACAAAUGUUAUCUUUAAAGAAGGUGGUCAGGUCAGUUAAUCUCUAAAAACUUAUAUUUUACUUAAAGGUACUAAAAUGCACAACAAGAAUCCAAAGCAAAGUUAUACUCAUCAUUCUCAAAACUAGUCAAUAACUAAAAUCUAAUCAUAAAAACCUAUUUUCAGAUGGCAGUCUUCAUCAACAGUCCAGGAGAUCUUCGUGAGCCUGACAAGAUUCCAAAGAUCAUGAGGAUUCUAGAACAUUUCGAACGUGCUGAAGGCAGUGUGGGACCGUCAUCUACUCAAAUGUGGCUCAACACUUACUUACCCUUCAUUGGACUUCAGAAUCACGGUUCAAUUGACUUUAACUACAAAUACUUGCCAGAGUUCUUCAGUCUUCAAGAGUACCACAGAUGGAGCCAUUUCGUGAAUUUGGGAGCUGACAAGUAAGUUUCAUAAAUCAAACAUAUGCUAAGAUUGAUAUUAAAAUAUUUUUUUAAAAGAUUAAAAACUAUUACCGUGCAAUAUACCUACCUAAACUUGAAUUUUCAGUGACUGUUUGGCCGAGAAACCAGAUUGUAUCAGCAAGUUCUUCUUCUCAACCGGCUUCCACAAUGCCGUUACCUGGAAGGAUCGUUUUGUGCUUCUUCAGAACUGGCGUGCCAUCGCUUCAGAAUACCAGGAAUUCAACCUGACCGUGUACGAAGACUUCAGCAUGUAUGCUGAUCAACUUUUGACCAUCCCUCCAGUCACCAUCCAGACAGUCGGCUUCGCUUUGGCUUGCAUGGUGGUCGUCCUGGUUCUGUUCACUCCGAACUUGAGUACAGUAAUCCCCGGGGUUUGUAGUGUGUUAUCUAUUAACUGUGGUGUAUUCGGAUUGAUCUACUACUGGGGAAUCGAUUUGGACCCCAUUUCCAUGGCUUCCACCUUAAUGGCCAUCGGAUUCUCAGUAGAUUUUGUUGCUCAUAUCACUUUCCAUUACUACAAAGGAGAAAUCGCUGUAAGUCAUUGCAUUAUUAGCUAGUUACAUAAAUUAUAAACAAUCUAGCAUUAUAAUCAUCAUAACUUACUCUGCUUAGUGUUUUAUUACUAUCAACUUUUGAUUUCAGGACAAACGUGAACGUCUCCGCCACGCGUUGGUGUCUAUCGCUUGGCCAAUGGUUCAGGCUGGAUCAUCUACAGUACUCUCUCUUCUCGUGUUGGCUACCAUCCACGCCUACAUGGUGCAAGUGUUUGUGAAAGUAGUGACGUUGGUAGUACUAUUGGGACUGAUCCAUGGAUUAAUCAUACUUCCAAUCAUUUUCGCUUGGAUUCCCUUCAAUAAGUUUGGUACUUCAGCAUCCGUAAGGAAGAUAGUGAGAAGACAGAGUUCGAUAUCUCCAACAAAACUUGCAAUCCGACCGCCAGAGCCAGAAGGCCUCUCACCCAUAGCCUACCUGACGUCGCUGAAGAAGAAGGAACUCGAAAUUGAGGAGAACAAACCGCGACUCGACCAAGGCCGUGGCUGA